AUGUAGUCUGUGAAAACAGAACCGAUAUUGAAGUCAAAGGAUAAAUAAAAAAAACUAUUAAUUAAGAAAAUAAUGAUAUGGGCUCGAUAGGGAUUUAAUUCAAGAAAUAUUGGGUUCCAUCCUUUUUUAUUUUGUGCAUCUAUAAAGCCAGGUGCCUAAACCAGACAUACCACUCUUUAAAGCUAUCCAAAUGCUGAACUAUGGAAAAGUAUGAGCAAGUUAAGCCAAUCAGGUAUUAUAUAAGAAAUUUAAAUGGAAAUAUUAUUUAAGUUAGAUCAAGUAAAAAGAAAUUAUGAUUCUUAAAUAAUAGAAGAAUUUAAGUUCAGAGUGAAUAAUCACUUUGAUUUUGCUUUCUUAUAUAAAGAAUCAGAACAAAAAUGUGUAGAAAAAAAUGAUUAAUACGAUAUUCCUAAUGUUUAAAAUAUUAAUCAUCCUAACCUAAAAGAACGAGAUGAAAGUGAAUCGAAAUCUUUAGCUAAAUAGGUUGAUUUAUGUAAUUCUCGAAAAGGGUCUAUUGCGAAGUUUGAGAAAAGUCAUUAUCACAAAUUAUGUUAAUUUCUAGAAAAAGUCAAACACUAUUUAGACUAAUCGUCUUUAGAAUUACGUCAAUUUUAUUAAGGUGUAUAAUUAUUUCUAGAAUCUUAAUAAAUAUCUACAUAGAAGAAAAUGAAAAUAGAAUAAGUAGAAAAAGUUGAAUUAUAAGAAGAGAAACAGGAGUGUUAUUUACAAUAAAAUAAGGAUGAUUAAUAAUAAUAGUAGAAUUAAAAAUUGUAAUAAUUAAUGUAAUAAAAUAAUCAAUCCUAAUCAUAAUUAAAUAUGAAAUCUAUUAAGAAUAAAUAUUAAAUAUUGGAUGAAAUCAAAUUAGAUGCAUUAACAUUAUAACCAGGAUUAGCAUUCUUUUUACCCAAUUACAGUAAAAUGGUGCCUGAAGAAAUAGAAAAGGUCAAAGAAAUUGAAAAAAACUUUUUAAAAGAAUUAUAUAGUUUUAAAAUUCUACAUCCCUAAGAAUACACUCCAAAAUAUAUUCUAUUACUCUGGAGAACUUAAUUCGAACCACAAUAUAAAAAACCUACUAAUAUACUACCUAUAUGUUAAUAAGAUAUCAUUAAAAAAGAAUGA